CGUUCCUUUCACUUUUUUCUGCUACACUCUGCACUCUGCACUCUGCACUGCACCCUCUCUCUCUCUCUCUCUACUUGCUUGCUAUUGCUGCCAACACAUCUUCCAAUUAUGUACCUCUCUUCUCCUCUUUCUUCAGGCUAUACGCCAUGAGAAGAAAAGCACUACUCGACACUGGAAAAUAAAUAGAAUAAAAAGCCUUCUUCCUUUUGGUUGGGUUCUUCUUCACAUCACAACUUGCUAAAGUUAAUUUCUUCAGAGGCCACUGGCAUUCGGAUCUCAGUUAACUUACAUUAAAUUUUGGCCACCUAGUUUUCUCUUUUAGAUGGGGAGUGACUUCAAGGGGUGGUGACUUGAUCACAUGCAUUUAUGGCUUCACUUAAUUCAUAUCAUUACUACACAAACACCUCCUUGCUCAUCAUACUUCUUCUCCAUAAUUUGUUCUCUCUAUCUCUAGCUUCUGCCUCCAAUCACCCUCAGCCUGCAAUUUCUACAAGGGAACUGUUAUUUGAGGAGAAAAACAGGCUAGGUUCAAUUCCUCCUAGCUGUCAUAACAAGUGCAAUGAUUGCCAUCCAUGCAUGGCAGUUCAAGUGCCAACUUUGCCAAGCCAUGACUCUAACCCUCCAGAUCUUACCAAAACUGCAGCCAUGGCAACUUUUCUUAACCCUUCUUCUCCGCAAGGCAACAGGUACUCCAAUUACAAGCCAUUGGGAUGGAAAUGCCAUUGUGGUGACCACUUCUUCAACCCGUAAUUAUAAAUUUGUAAAAUGGCCCUCUUAUUUUUUUUGUUGGUUAAAUUUUAAUAUUUGUGGCUUAGGGAUCAGCUAGGGUAACAGAUUUGCGUCAGCAUGGAUCCUAUACAUUGGAGCUUGAUACACUUGUACAUAGUUUGUUAGACCUCAUGAUUUCCAACUUUAUUAUAUUGUUACAUCUAAAUUUUGAGAAAGUUAUUACCUUUUUCCUGCUUUUGGGUCUUUC